AUGGACUAUCAAAACAGAGUUGGUAAUAAACAAGGUGGUGGUGGUCUUGCCUCGAGUCAAGAGACAAAUGCUGCAAGAAGAGCCAGGGUUCGUGAAUUGUUAUCUCAAGGAAAUAAUAAUUUUAUAGAAACCGACCCAUAUGUGUUUAGAAACCAUUUAGGGUUUCUUGAAUGUAAACUUUGUUUGACUACCCAUGUGUCGGAAUCGUCUUACUUAAUCCAUGUCCAGGGAAAAAAACAUCAAACAAAUUUGAAGAAGCGACAGUUCCAAGUUGAAAAGGCAAAUCAACAACACCAGAACCAACAGGAUAUGAUAAAUGGAAUUAGCAACAUAGCAAAGAAAUCAUACAUCAAGAUCGGGACUCCAGCAUAUCAGAUCAAGAAGAUAAGACAUCCCGUCACUGAACAAUUGGGCCUUUUGGUCAGUUGCCAAUUUCUAAGAAUUGCAGAGGAGGUCAAACCAAUGCAUAGAUUUAUGAGUUAUUACGAGCAAAAAAUCGAUAUAAUUGAGAAGGAGAAUGACGAAGUAGUGAAUGAUUUCCAAUAUUUGAUUAUCAGUGCAGAACCAUAUCAGAAUAUUGGGAUCAAAAUACCCAACAAACCAAUUGUUAGAUCAGCGGAUGAUGAAAAUGAAGGAGCAGGACUUUGGGAUUAUUGGGAUUCGGAUAUCAAAACUUACUACUUACAAUUCUUUUUCAGAGGCCUCUGA